UAUUUAACAGUAAUAAAUAUCUUUAUAGAAUACAAUAAUAAAAAUCUGCUUUGGAUUAAAUAUAAGUUUGCUAAAAUGUCAUCAACACGCAAAGUAACUAUUGAUUCUGGGAGAAGAAUAGCUACUGGUGAUGCUCUUGAUUCUUCAAAAAAAAAAAGUGUUUUUGAGCGACUUGGUGGUAAUGGCUCUACUCCAAAGUCUGUUGUAAAAACUAAGAUAUCUAAAAAGAUUUCCAGUGAAAAUCAAAGCGAAGAUGAGGAUGGUGAUGAAAAAGAGAAAAGGAAAGUAGUAAGUUUCACUGUGAAAAAAAAUUCUCUGGUAGAAGACUCUGAAAACAAACUAAAGAAAAAAAAGCAAGAAACUGAGGAAGAUAUCACAAAGCCUAAAAAAAAGAAGAAACAAAAAGUGGAAGGAGCAUCUUUAAAACCCAAAAAAAAUUUGGAUGGAUUGUUAGAGGAAGGAAACACUGUUGAUACAUUUGUUCGUAAAAAGAAAAAAAAAAUUCUAUCCCCAACAUUAUCUACUGUUAAAAAAAAAAAGAAGGCUUUAAUUGAAGAGGAACAGGAGCCAUUUCCAUUGAAGAAAAAUUCUGCUAAACCGCCUAACGAUUUAAGAAAAAUACAAACUGAUUCAUCUAUUGACCAAGAAGAUUCAGAAAAAAAGAAAAAAAAAAUAAAACAAGGAAAGCAGUCCCCCUUAGAAAAUAUUAAAAAAAUAAAGAAAAAUGAGAUUUCAUCAUUAUCUCCAACAAAAAAGAAAGUAAAAUCAAAAAUAUCUGAUGAUGAGAACAAUUUUGAUAAAUUGCACAAAAAACAAAAUAAACCAUCUCUUACAUCAUCUGAUGAUGACGAUGACAUUCUACAUAAAAAGAAGAUUAAGAAAGGAAAAAAGCAAAUAAAAACAAGUGUAUCAUUAUCUCCAAUAAAAGAUUUGUCUUCGUUUGAUUCAGAUAGUGUUGGUUUAACUUCUGAAUCAGAACAUGAUGAAAGAGUUAAGAAAAGAAGAAAAACAUACCAUUUUAAUGAUAGAGGAAAAGAAACUUUUUAUGAAAGAUCACAUUUUGUUGGUAGACAAAAUACAGAUAUGCAGAAUCGUAUAAAAAAAAAUUUUAGGGAUUUUGAUAAAAAUCGCGAUGAUCGACUUCCUGAAAGACGACAAAACCAAAUCCGCCAAUAUGAUCAAGAAGAUUUAGAUAAUCGUCGUCAUGAUGAUUUUCACAGAAACAAGCGAACUGAUCAGUACAAUAGUGAUGAUAGAUUUACAAGUAGAAUAGACAAUCGCCAAACAUAUAAUCAUUACAAUAAAAGGAACAACGAUUAUAAUCAGUUAUCCUGGCAUGAUAAUGACUGUGAUGAAAGGCGAACAGAUAUGCGCUUUGAUGAUCGAAAUCAUAAUAUGGAUGACAGGUGUAAUAAUCGAAAUCCAAAUAACAGAUAUGAUUACAGAGAUACAAGAGAUAACAUUGAUAAUCAGAGAGAUUAUUAUCGAGAGGAUAAUAGAGACUUUCGAAGUAAUGAUGACCACACAACAGAUUGGAAUCAUGAUUAUGCUGAUAAUGAGCAUUACAAUAAUCGAGGCCAUCAUUUCUACAGAGGUAGAGGGCGGGGAUAUAGAGGAGGCAGAGGAAACUUUAGAGGAAAUUAUAGUAAUUAUAACAAUAAUGAUGGUGGAUUAGUUGGUAGGUACAAUCAAAGAACCUCACCCACACAUAGAGAUUAUGAUAAUUAUAAUGAUGUCCAAGGUGAAUACCUCCCAGAAAGAUCUGCUAGAUAUGACUACCAUGAUAAUAACUAUCAUAAAGAUGUAAGUCGUUCUAAAGAAAGAAAGUUUGAGUUGUCUCCAAUAAGAGAUCCAAAUUUUAUCGGCAGUAUAUCAAGAAAGCGUGAGUUAAGUGAAGAAACGGAUAAACGUAGAAAAAGGAAGCAUGAAAUUUCAAAAAAGAAAUCUUCAAAAGAUAAAGGCAGUGAAAGCGAAAUAACAGAUGAUGAAACAAAAAAGAAGAAAGCUAAAAUUGAAAAACCAACAAAAGAUUUAAAGGAAAACGAUCACAGUAAAGUUUCCAAAAAAAUAACUCCUUCUAAACAAACUGUCCGUGAGGAAUCACCUAAAUCUACAAAAACUACUAAAGAUGUAAAGCAAAAAGUUGAAAAUGAUGAUAAAUCUAAAGAGAAAAAAUUAAUUUCAAAUAAAAAAUUACCUCCAGUGAAAGAUCCUAGUGUAUCUAAAGAGGAAAAAAUAACAAUAAAAAGUGAAAUAGAUAAUAUUAAAAAAGAUGAUUUUCCUACAAAGCGAGAUGAAAAAAACUUGGUUGAUAGUGCGAAAAAUGAAAAACGACACUGCAAAGAAAAAAGCACCUGUAAAGAUGAAAGUGAAGAUUUAAAUGAAAAUAGAAAGAGUAGAUUAUCUGAACGUACAGGAAUUUCUACAGGAUGGUCCUCUACUCAUUCAGACUUUAGAAAAGGACGUUCUCCAGUACGUUCUAAUGAUAGUAGGCGGUCUCCUGCACAUUCAACAGAUAGCAGAAAAGAUAGAUCUCCUGAAUCAAGAGAUUCUUAUAAACGAGGUUGGUCACCUGUAAAAUAUGACAGAAGAAGAUCUCCUAUUUACAAUCGAGAUGCAUAUAGGCGUGAAUCAUAUGUUUUUGAUAGAAACAAAAAUCAUGAUGUAUCUCGCAGUUGGGAAAGAAACAAAAGUCCAAAUAAUAGAGGUGACACCCCAUCAUUAGAUAGUGAAAAACGCAUUAUAGAUUGUUUAGAUGUUUACGAAAGCAUAAGUGAUGAAGAACUUGAUUUGUUCGAUGACAAUGACGAAGAAUUUCCUCAACCAGCAUCAGUUUUAGAGGUUGACUGGAGCUUGCUUCAGAAUGGUGAAAAUUUUAAGGUGGAUAAAGAAAGCGAAUCAUUACCUGAAUUUAAACGCAAGUUGUGUCCUGGUAACAUUCUUGCAGAAAUUGGCUAUUCACCAUCUCUUUUAAAAAAAUCCAUUGUCGAACGUGUGCAAGAUGCUUGUUUUUCCUGUAUGCGAAUUGAAUCAAGGUUUUUGGAGCCAAGUGAAGAAGUAAAAUUGCAAACAGGAAUGGCUGCUACAGUUCGCAAAGUAUUCAAAAAUAGAUCAGCUAGAAAAGACUUGUUUUUAAAAUGCUUGACUGGUUUAAAAAAUGAUUUAGCUUUAAGAAGAGAACUUAGAAAGCCUGUUGAUAAGAUUGGAAGUAAUUCUACAAUUUUUUACAGUGCUCCCUCGCAACCUGCAGAUUACGAUUUAUUUUUAAAUAGUGUUGAUUUGUAUGAUAAAAAAGAAUGUAGUAAUGGUUAUCCAUUGCAUAUUUCUUUAGUAUCUAAAGUUGGUUCUGUAAUCAUUUGCAAAUCAUGAAGAUUUGUAUUUAAUUGCGCAAAUUGUAAAUUGUAUUUAAUAAAAGUCAUUAAAAAAUUUUUAUCUCAAAUACACUAAUAUGAUAAUACUGUAUGUAUGCUAUUUGGUUGAUAUUUUUUUAAUGAUAUACAAUUUAUUUAUUUA